CUUCCUCAAGGUGGUUCCCUUCAGCUUCGUUACGGUGUUGUUGAGCUCCGUCGCGGUGCUCUUCAGAUUCCUCACGGUGUUCGGAGACACGGCGCCCGGACUCCGAGUGCAGUGCCGCGAGUGUCGUCGGGAGCAGCGCGCGCGGCGACGCCCUUCAAGUCCCUCCUUCCCGUCGCCCGUUGAGGAUGUGCGUUUGUGAGCGGCUUGACCAUGGGCUGCACCCAGAGCGGAAUACAGCGGCGAAGUCGCAGCCACGACGACCGCAGCCAGGGGCCUGCCACGCCCGUCGUGUGCGACGUCGUACCGCCGACGGCCAACGCGACGACCACGACCGCGCCCGGGUUGCCGACGACCACGGCGGCUCCGAAAGGUGGUUGUGGUGCCGGUGUGCUUCGCGGCAACGCGCAUCGCUUCGAGAACAACUUUCCCAGGGUCAGGCAGAAAAUGGUCAACUGCGACGGAGUCAACGACUGUGCGGUUCCCCUCUGCUCGGUACCCGAAGACGGACGGAAAGGCACUGUUGCCCUCAAGUUCGGCUCCAUGUACCUCACUGUCCCGUCUGUCCGGGUUCUGUUCGUGUUCGUCAAGGAAGACGCCCAGUACAAUGCGCUCAAGUGGGCCUCGGACAAGAUGCACUACGAGUACCGCCUGGCGUGUUCCAUGGACGAGGCGGUCGAGAGCUACCUCAACGUGCAGCCCCACCUGGUGUUCAUAGACGCGCGCAGCAAGACCUGCGUCGACCCCAUCGCGUUGUGCAGGACCCUGCGAGGCUUCAGGGGUAGCCAGUUCUCGUGCAUCGUGGCAGUCGUAAAGAAAGGGUUGGCCGAAAAGGAGGAAGCAGCCAUCAUCCCACUCCUCAAGUCUGGCUUCAACAGGUGGUUCACGGAGACGUGCUCGUUCGGCGUCUGUCUGAACGAGAUGAUCCAGAUUGAGCACAACGACCUAAUCAACCUGUGGAAGCUCAGGGCCUCCGAAGCGCUCUUCUCUGCACUGCACAUUGCCCGGGACGGCGUCAUCAUCACCGGGUCCGGACACGAGAUUCAGUUCAUGAACCGGGCGGCCGAGAAGCUGGUUGGUUACUCGGUGGAGGAGAUGCUGGGCGUGAACGCGCAGGAACUCCAUCGGACCGACUCCCUCAAGACAGACGUGGUGCAGACCAUCAGCACGCAGCUCAAGAAAGGCAAGGAAUGGGAGGGCACAUUGUUCCACAAGAGGAAAUCUGGAGAGUGCAUCCCCAUGUGGAGCAAAAUAGCGCCUGUGGAAAUUCACACCGGGAUAUCGGACCAUCUGGUGUACAUCAAGGAGUGUCCGUUUUUCAUGGAGAAGCCUUUUUCGCCCGAUGCCGAUGGCCUGCCAUAUCAGCUUAACACGAGCCUAAAGAGCUCUAGAAAGGCAUCUUGUGAUGUUCGUUCCUUGUGCAGCGAGGUUGGGAUGAACAGAAGACAAUCAUUCGCGAAGUUUCACGCGAUGACGAUUGAGGCCCCCAUCACAAAGGUCAUUAACAUGCUGGUUGCCACCCAAGAGAACAGCCCUGUGUUUGUCGUCCAAGCUCUGGACCGCGUGCUUGAAAUCCUCCGGUCCACGGAACUCUACAACCCGCAGCUGGGCGUAGGCCAGGGAAAGUCAGAAGACCAGAUGACAUCCGACCUCGUUUCAGGACUCAUCACGACUGGACAAAAACCAACUGGCGUCCGAAGACUCUCGCACGAGACGGGAGUCGUGAAAGUGAACGUGACGACGCCGUCGACCACGCUUCCCAGUCUGUCGACAGCGCCGUCCAAGAUUAAAGACCUCCUCGAGAGCGACGUCAAGUGGGAAUUCGACAUCAUUGAGCUGGAGACGCUCUCCGGACGACGGCCCCUCAUCUGGCUGGGGCUUUCGCUGUUCUCCAAACUGAACGUGCACACGAGCCUGGACUGCGACGACGCCACUAUCCGCAACUGGCUCCAGCUGGUGGAGUCGCACUACCUGGAGAACCCGUACCACAAUUCCACCCACGCCGGCGACGUCAUGCAGGCCACCGCCUACUUCUUGCUUAAGCUGCGCAAAAAGGACAUCUUUGACCCGUUGGACGAAGCCAUCUGCCUCAUCUCCGCAGUGGUGCACGACAUCGACCAUCCGGGCAAGUCGAGCCCGUUUUUGUGCAACUCCGACAAUGAGCUGGCCAUUCUCUACAAUGACCGGUCAGUGCUGGAGAGCCACCACGCGGCGUUCGCCUUCAAGCUGACGCUGUCGGACGAGAAGGUGAACAUCUUCCAGAACCUGGAGCGGGAGGUGUACCGCACGGUGCGCCUGUCCGUCAUCGAUAUGGUCCUCGCCACCGAGAUGACCAAGCACUUCGAGCACCUUUCCAAGUUCCUCAACGCCUUCCAGAAGCCCAUUCAGGAGGACGAGGCCUUCGAGUCUGAGGCGAUGCCGGAUCACGGAGAUUCCGGCCUGCGCUCAGCCGAAAACAUCAUCCUCAUCAAGCGAAUGCUCAUCAAAUGCUCCGACGUCUCCAACCCCGCCAGGCCCAUCCAGCUUUGCAGCCAGUGGGCCAGCCGCAUCGCAGAAGAGUACUGCGCCCAGACCGAUGAAGAGAAGCGUCGCGGCCUGCCCGUGGUGAUGCCUGCCUUCGACCGUGCCACGUGCAGCAUUGCCAACUCCCAGACGGGAUUCAUCAACUACUUCGUGCGAGACAUGUUCAGGGCCUGGUCAGACUUCGGCGAGUUCCCCGAGCUCAUGGAGUACAUAGAGAAGAACUAUAUUUAUUGGAAGGAUAAGGAACCCCAGUCCAACAAGUGAGAUCAUGCGGCGGACGACCGGUGACUGCAACCCUGCCCACGUUCCUACCUCCUCCCCAUUGCUGUUCUCUCCACCCACCGUGUGACAUCGACAUUCAUCACCUUGUGCGUUGAUGUGAGCAUCGGAUGUACAUGUGCAUAUGUGUGAGCGCCACCGAGAAGCUGUACAUUCAGAACGUGCGUGUGUGCGUGUGUGUGUACGCGUGUUUGCUGCGAAGUUCGAGGCAGGCAGAGAAGACGUCGGCCCGGCCGAAGAACUUACGUCAUCGAGAUCACAACCUAAUCCAGGACCCUUCCAACGUACGACUUCCAGAACACGACACCGUUUCAUCCACACUUAAUUUGGGAGAAGACAAAAAAAAAAGUGUUAGCGCCC